AUGAUCAAGUUCUCUUCCUGGAAUGUUAAGGGUCUAAACAAUCCCACUAAACAAGGUGAGGUUAGGAAGUUUAUUCAUUUCAAUAGAUUGUCUUUGAUGGGAAUUGUUGAAUCGAAAAUUAGACAGGAAAAUAUGGUAGGUGCCAUGAAGAAGUGUUUGCCUGAUGGUUGGGCUUUUGUUCACAACAUUGGGGGUCCAAAGGUCAGUGUGUUAGCUUCCUCUGAUCAAAUGAUGUUACUUUCUGUUCAAGUGGAAAAUAGAUUUUUUGCUCUCUAUGUUGUUUAUGGUUUUAAUCAAGUAGGCCCUAGAAGGCAGCUUUGGGAUGAUCUAAGGUCUGGGUUUGCUUCCAUUGGUGACCAACCUUGGAUUGUUAUGGGGGAUUUCAAUGUAGUUAGAUGGCAGAAUGAGAAGUCUAACUCUAGUUACUUUGAUGCUAAUGCUACGGGGGAGUUUAAUAGUUGUAUAGAGGAUAUUGAAAUGGAGGAACUUACUUCAAAAGGCCUGUGGUUUACUUGGUCUAAUAAGCAAGUGGGUGUGGGGCAUUAUAGUUGUAGGCUGGACAGAGCUCUUGUUAAUUCAUCAUGGCAGUCUGAGUUCACUGAAUCUGAAGUUGCUGCCCUUGCUCCUGCUAUAUCUGAUCAUUGCCCACUUCUAGUGACAUCAUGGGAUAGGCCAGUGGAUAAAGUAGGGUCACCUAUGUUUUUCCUUUAUGAGAAGCUCAGAAUACUAAAACCAUGUUUGAAGAAUUUUAAUAAGGAGUUUUAUAGUGAUAUUCAGAAUAGGAAAUCCAGGGUUCGUUGGCUACAAUUGGGGGAUAGUAAUACAAGAUUUUUUCAUAAAAAGAUUGCUAGUCAUCGAACGAGGAACAAGAUAUUAUCCAUUUGUGAUGAGAAUGGUCAGCGUUUGGAUAAUAUUAAGGAUGUUAAAGGGGAGAUUCUAAGGUUCUAUCAGAAAUUGUUGGGUGCCAAGUUUGAUCAGAAAAGACCUUCAGAGGAAAGACUUUGUUUUGCUAAUACAGUUCCUGUCUCAUUUCAUGAAGGCCUUACCUCUCCUAUCACUCCUGACGAAAUCAAAAGGGCUCUUUUUUCCAUUGAUGGUGAUAAAUCCCCAGGUCCAGAUGGCUUUAAUGCCAGUUUUUUUCAAAAGAAUUGGGCUGUGGUUGGCAAAGAGGUAAUAGAUGCUGUCCUUUCUUUCUUUCACUCUGGUUCUUUACUUCGAGAUGUUAACGCAACUGCGCUAGUAUUAAUUCCAAAGACCAGCUGUCCCCAAUCUAUGAAAGAGUAUCAUCCAAUUGCAUGUUGCAAUGUAAUCUAUAAGACUAUUACCAAGUUGUUGGCUCAACGAUUGCAACCAGUCCUCCCUUUUGUCAUUAACAAAGCUCAGGCUGCCUUUGUUAAGGGUAGAUCUAUAUCUGAUAAUAUACUCUUGAUGCAAGAGCUUGUUAGGAAUUACCAGAGGGAUUCUGGGGUGCCUAGGUGUGCUAUUAAAAUUGAUCUUAUGAAGGCAUAUGACUUGGUAGAUUGGGAGUUUUUGUUUGAAGUCAUGGCUGCUAUGGAAUUCCCUUCUUUGUUUAUCUCAUGGAUCGGGUCAUGUAUCACCUCUGCUAUGUUUUCUGUUGUGGUUAAUGGUGAACUUGAAGGAAGUCCUUCAUAUUCUUCCUAUCCCAGAAGGGUCAUUACUAGUCAAAUAUUUGAGGGUGCCUCUCAUUUCAACAAGGCUGAGAAGAUUAUCAAAGAGGUGGAAGCUAUGCUUCGAUCCUUUCUGUGGUCUGGGCUUAAUCUUACAAAUGUGGAUGCAAAAGUUAGUUGGCUUGCUGUUUGCACUCCAAAAGCUGAAGGGGGUUUAGGUUUGAAAUCCUUGCAGAUUUGGAAUAAAGUGUCAAUGAUGCGCCAUUUGUGGGCUUUGUGUAAAAAAGAGGACAACUUGUGGGUGAAAUGGAUCCACAGUUAUUUUAUUAAGGAUCAAAAUUUUUGGGUUAUGAAACUACCACAGGAUUGCUCUUGGACUAUGAGGAAACUGAUGAAGUUGAGAAGGCUGUGUCAGCUUUGGGUAAAGCAUGUUAUUGGCAAUGAACAUAAUAGAGAAUAUGAGAUUAUUUGGGCUAUUUCACCUACUGGCCUUUAUAAUUCCAAGCAUACAUGGGAGGCUCUUAGAAAUAGAGGAGAGAAAGUCCAGUGGGCCUCUCUAGUGUGGUUCCCUAGAAGUGUUUCUAAAUGGUCAUUCAUAUUGUGGCUUGCUUGUUUAAGGAGGCUUUCUACAAAGGAGAGACUCUGUCAAUGGGGUAUGACCAUUGAUUCAGUUUGUGUGUUAUGCUCUCAAAGGGAUGAAACAUUGCAACAUUUAUUUUUUGCUUGUAGUUUUUCCAGAAAUAUUUGGAUGGUUAUUCCUCAUCGAUUCCUAGUUCAGAGGGAUCCGAACGAAUGGGAUAGUGAACUUAUGUGGGCAAUCGAUCAUUGUAGAGGUGAAAGCCUCAAGGUCUUCUUGCUUAAAUUGGUUUUAGCAGCUGGGGUUUAUUACAUCUGGUUGGAAAGGAAUUCUCGAGUUUUUGGAGGGAUCCAUAGAGGAGCUGCUCAAGUAUUGGCAAGUAUUGAAGAUAACGUGCGUCUUCGGGUUUGCACUUGGGAGCAUUUUCCAAACUCUAUUGAAAAUCAAAGACUAUGCUGUAGCUGGAAUAUUUCAAGAGGAAUUCUAGGGGCGUAA